AUUUAGGAUGUAGCUGGACAGGAUGUCACACCAGUGUUCCGGGAAGUACAACAUAAAUCUAAUGUGAGAGUUAAAUAAGGCACACAUUAAAAGGACUACGUGUAACAUGAGCACACAUUAUUCAUGUUAUGUUAAUCCUGAUCAUUGAUGAACAUUGAAGUUUAAUGUCUUUAUUGCGCCAACAGUUCAACGUUUCAUGGUGCAAUGCAUGCUGGGAUCCACAGUUUCCGCUACAAAAUGAAGUAACUGAGUGAUGUCUGGCAAAAUCUCAUGCAGUGGGAACUGUGGUUAAUUGCCGUGUAAUCACUUCCAACUUUUUCACUGUACGGAACAGGCGAAUUUACAGAAUGUCUGACAGUUUUACUUAUCUCCAUCUUCAGCUAAUUGCAUUCCUGUUGAGUGGGCUGCUGCAGCGUGGACUGUUACUCACUUUUCGAGAAGAGCACAUUGAGCAAAACGAGAAGUGAAACCAAACUGCAGAGAAAGCAUGAACUUUUAAUCAAAACGGAAUGCAAAGAAAGAUACGCAUAGCUCUUUGAUUUGUUUUUCUUUGAUCUGAUAUAAAAGUGAAAGUUGCGUUUAUCAUAUAGAUCCAAAUGAUAUCCAAAGAACUCAUCCCCACGCUCCUGUUUGCAAGUUAUGUGACGUCAUUGUUGAGUAACCUUUUCUUAUCAGUGUGUGUUGGGGGUGGGGGUGUGCCCCGGCUGGGCUCCACAUCUGGCCAAACAGAUGUUGCGAGCCACCGUCGUGCUUCCGCGCUGUCAUUGUUUCCGCUUCCAGCUUGGAGAGCCUCGUCCCCUCGUUUUCCGUCCGAACCUCAGCGCGGCCGAAGCUCUCUUCUUCGCUCCCUUCUGUUUCCGCCAUGGGAGACAUGGAAGCUCCCACCUCGAGGCAGCCAAGCCGCAGUGUCCUGCGCUCGGUCCUCCCGAGCCGAGAGUUCGCCUCCUCCAGGAAAGGAAUGUUGCUCAUCGCUGAAGUGGCGCUGUCCUUCAUCGACUUUGUGUGCUUCGCCGCAUCCACGGCAGCUGCCUUUGUGACGGUCCCUCUCCUGGAGUUCCUGGCUGCUCUCUUCCUGCUCUUUGCCUACGCCACCAAAUUCAACGAGAGGUUUAAAGGUUUCCUGUGGCCUCUCAUGGAUUUCAUGAGAUGUGUGACCGCUGCCAUCAUUUACUUCAUCAUUUCCAUCAUUGCAGUAUCCAAAUAUGUGGAUAGUUCCUCCAAAGCUGCCGGGGUUUUUGGCUUCAUUGCUACUAUUGCAUUUGCUUUAGAUUUUUAUCUCAUUUUUAAUGAGCUUGCCAAUUUCCUGAAGCAAGGUGGAGAGACCACUGAGGAGCCUUCCAGGCAGCAAGAUGAAUUUUCAGACUCUGAUUCAGACUGAGAUGGUUACCAAUGACAACAUUUGUACCACAGUAACGAACACCCCCAGGAGACAAGACCUCACCUGCGGCAAUCAUGACACCUUGCAAGGCUUCUUUCCUUCUGUGCGUAGAGGAAGUGACGAAGUGACUCUUGCACAAUUGGGAUAUUUCAGGGUAAUUGACACCCCAACUUGUAAAUAUGUGGUACGUAGGUAAUCCUGUCUGAAUUCAUCUGUUAUAAUGUACUGUGUGUACAUCAAAGACCAAGGAUAUCUAUUUUUUUCCCUUUGUAAGAAUCAAAUUUUUACUCAACCCCUUGGUAAAGUAUGGUGUCUUAGCAUUAUGCUAAAUUUAGCUUUGAAGGGUUACUGGUUGUUCUCUUUGAUUUAAAAACAAAAAAAAAAAAACAUUGAAUUUCAAAAAAACAUUUUCAUCUCUUCAGUCAUGUGUAAGUCUGCAAUUUAAAGUAUAUCCACAGUAGAAUGGCUUUCACCUGUUUUAAAAAUGAAGGUUUUGUUUUAAUAAGCAUAAAAGUGAAUUUGUGAUAAAGCAUUCUUUUUAAUACGUACAGAUGUGUUGCAGGUUGGCUGGUUUCAACCGUUACACAAUUAUGUUUAACUUUACAAGGGUGUAUUUUCGAUGUGUUGACAUCAAAACUGUUGGUGUCAGUUUAUUCUUCAAUCUUUUUUUCUCUGAAAUGUCACGUUUGAAUAUUUGUGAAUGUGAAUUAAUCUACUGUACAGUAUGCGAUUCUUUCCACAUGUUUACAUAUUGAAUAACAAUAAAGUACGGCAACCUAAGAGCAUAGAAGAGCUGCCAGUGCCUUUUGUCGCCUGUUUUUUAAUUUACACUACCAUUACUGAUUAAUUAGAGGCACUAAAAAGCCAGAGUGAAUAGUUUCACAGCAUCACAACCGUAAUGACAGAAUUAACUCAACAGAAAUUGUCACUUGGUGAAGCAGAAAUCAUUUGUGGAAUUUCAAUUGCAAAAUUAUAGGGUGCAAUAAUAUAAAACUUGUACUUACAACCAAUACAUUCAUAGAAAUUGUUUCCAUGAUUUGAUACUCUGGAUUAAGUAUUAAAAAUGCAACCUGUGUCCAUGUCUUGUAUUUCGCCACUUGUCCCGUGAAAAACAGCUGUUUUUUUUUUUUUCCAAACUAAAAUAAAAGUUGCAUUGUAAUCAUCAGUCAUAAAAUUUAUGCGCAUUAUGCACUACAGUUUUCAAAUACCGAUUGACAGGGAAGACUCUAUCCACCCUUAAGGAGUUGCACACCGCCCAAACUAGGACAAAAGCAGGCCCUCCACAUCCUGGCCACAAACACACUUUACAUUUUAUCAAUGAGUUUUCAACACAACUUGUCCAGUAUGGUCAUGUGCAUGCAAUAUAGACAACAGCUAUUCACACU